UGGGUUGAAUCCAAAAUAUAUAAUAAAUGUGCGUAUCCUCUCCGGGCCUGCUGGAGUUUGAUCAGGGGCCCUGCGUGGGGACGGGAUGUUUAUUUUGGAAAUCAGUGACCGGAAGUGAUGCUGUUUGAACAGGGCUUGAGCUUCAUGGUGAUGCGCAGCUCGGGGAAUUUCAGAAACACAAGGAAAAUCAACACAGAGGGCGCUGUUACCAUGACUCCCUGUGCCCCGCUCUCAUUGGUCGGCCUCCUGCUGCUGGCCUCCUGUCAGCUAGCCUCUCUGCAAGAUCUGACCAAUAGGAACGCGGAUUUCUCGGCCCACCUGUACUGCGCAGUUUCCAGCCGUACGGACGACAAUGUCUUCCUGUCCACUUUCACGCUGUCUGCUGCGCUGCUGCCACUGCUGAGCGCUGCCGCCGGGCCCACCCAGGACCAGCUGCUGCAGGGCCUCAGCCUGAAGGGCCUCGACCCACAUACCCUCCCAGACCUGUUCCAGAGUCUCAGCACCGCAGUGUCGAACGGCAGUUUUGAUAUGAACCUUAGGCAGGGCGCGGCCGUGCUCCCCAGACAAGGCGUCAAGAUGUCCUCAUCCUUCCGGGACAUAGUUCAGACCAAGUUUGGAGGGAACGCUCAGAGUUUGUACUACACGUCGCCACUGGAAGCCGCCUCCACCAUCAACCUGUGGGCUCAAGAAAGGACUGGAGACACCGUCAAGGUGCUGGUGACUGACCUGGACCCCCAGACCCAGCUGCUGCUCGCCACUGUUGCCGUUUACCAGGUCCAGUUCAGUCCGUCCUUUAACACGUCCCUCACCCAGGAUGAACGGUUCUACGUGAACAAGUACCACGUGGUCAUGGUUCCCAUGAUGUUCCGGGCCGAUAAGUUCUUCCUGGCGUACGACGGCGCACUGAAGGCCGGUGUGUUGAAGCUGCCGAUGGCGGGCGGGGCAGCCAUGUUGGUGGUUCUUCCCGAUGAAGAUGUGGAUGUCACCGCAGUGGAGGAGGAAUUGACCGGAGACAAGAUCCAGACCUGGAUCAGACAGCUGAAAAAGACGAAGUUGGAGGUGCAGCUUCCUCGCUUCCUGUUGGAACGUUCUUAUUCUCUGCGUGAUGUCCUUCAGACUCUCAACAUCACUCAGGUGUUCCAGGAGGCGGCCGACCUGAGCAACAUGGGCGAGGGGGACGCUGUGAAACUCACACAGGUUUUUCAUACAGCCGUGGUGUCGGUUGCCGACAGCGACGGUACAGGAGUUGGAGCAAGCGUUUUCUCUACGCUGCCCCCCCGACUGACGGUCAACAGACCGUUCAUCUUCAUCAUUUACCUGCAGACGAGCGGCGCCGUGUUGUCCAUCGGCCGCGUGAUCGACCCGUCCAGGAAGUGAUGUCAUCCUGCCUAAAGACUACACGUAGUUAAAACUACAAACCCACGCUUCAUAGCUGGUGUACCAAGACCCUCUGUAGGUGGAAUGUCACAGAAAUGAGAGUUAGAAGAAUUGGUAUGGAAGACAGGAGGUCAUACUUGGUGUCUAUUAUAUUAGGUGUUAUUUUGUAGAUACUAUUAUUGUAUUGAUAGCAUUUGUGUUACGGUGAUACUCUAAUGUUUUAAUAUUGUUGUUGUUAGGGUGUUGAUCCUGAGAGCAGAAACCUCUGGGUAUCUAAGCUUUGAGACUGAAACUAAAGAAUCGUUGUGUUGAAGGACCCUAUACAUAUAUAUACACAUAUAUAUACAUAUACACACUGCCCGGCCAAAAGACAGGUCCCCAGCCUGUGGGGGCAGGGCUGUGAUCUGGGGCUGCUGCAGUUGGUCUGCUCUAGGUUCAGCAACCCAAAGAAUGAGGUCAGCUGACUCCCUGAAUAUACUGAAGGACCAGGAUCCAUCGGCUCAGACUGUGAGAGAGUGGUUCAGGGAGCAUGAGACAUCAUGUCACACAUGGAUCGGCCCCCCCAGAGUCCAGACCUGAACCCCAUUGAGAGUCUUUGGGAUGUGCUGGAGAAGACUUUGAUCAGUGGUCUGAAUCUCCCAUCAUCAAGACCAGAUCAAAAAUAAUGACAGAAAUAAAUGUUGAGACGUUGCAGAAGCUCGGGGAAACGAUGCCACAGAGAAUGCGUGCCGUGAAGCUGAAGGCGGUCCAACGGAUAUCAGAGGGGGGGCUUUUUUUUUGGCCGGGCAGGUGUGCAUAUAUAUAUUUAAUCCAGAUCAUUAGCUUGUGUCCUCCUAAGCCACCAGGCAGUAUUACUCGUUAGUAUUUACAGAGUCUUGUUCGUGAAGGCGAGGCGUUAGAGUCAUGCUUAGAGCCUCUUAGUUAACGUUAGCAUGAUCAUAGCGUGAUGUGCUGUAUGUCUGAAAACACUUCCUGUACCUAAAUGAAUAUUAAACGUGUGCAACCUGUAAAACAUGAAA